UAAAAUAUCGAAAAAUAAAAUCAAACUGCAACCGCAAAAAACUGUAAAAAAAACCGACUGAAAAAGAAAGAGAAAAGAAGAGAGGGAAAAUGGAGAAGCAAACCAAAUCUGAGGUUGUUGUUUUCCCUACCACGAAGGAAGACCCAGAAAAAAUUUUCUUCACAGAAGAAGAAGAAGACGAAAAUGAUAUUUCAAAUUGGGAAUUCAUUAACUCCUCUGAUUCUGAUGCUGAUGAUGUCCUCUCUCUCUCUGAUGCUUCUUGGCACUCUUCCCUUUCUUCCUCCCCAAAGGACAGCCCGAUUCCUGACCUGAUUCAAGAUUAUGAUGAUGAUCAUCAUCAUCAACAUCACCUCGAUUAUGAGCCACUCCGUGAUGGGUAUGGUGAGCCAUACAUAGGUGAUCAGGAAGAGGAUGAUGGUGAUGAUUAUGAUGAUAAUGAGGAUGACGCUGAUGGGUAUGAUUUGGAUGAUGAGUUGGUGCCACGUGAAAUGAGAGGGAAGUUUGGAAGGCAAAGGAUGAGGAAAUUAGGGAAGAGGGCAUUUGCCAAGAUGCACACUUCAAAAAAGUCACCAUUUUUGUAUGUGAAGCCUGGGUGUGUUCAUGGCAAGCAUGGGCUUGGAUUGAAGCACAGUUUCUAAAGAGAAAAAGUUAGCAACUUUGGAGGUGAUUCAUGGAGGAAAUGCGCCAUCUUUAAUUGGGUACUUGUUGGAACCUUCAUUUGAUUUAGGUUGUAACUACUCUAGUUUGGAUUGCUUAAUUAUUAGUUUUAAUUCAAUUUGACUUGGCUCAUUUGGUUGUCAAUUACCUAAUUAUUAUGUUGGUGUUUAUAAAAUUCUAUUCCGUAA